AUGACCAUCCUCGACGACAAGCAAGCCAUGGCCCGGCGCCAAGCUCAGGCGCGGGCCGAUGCACAGGCGCGACAGCAGAGGACGGCCUCCAUGGGGGGUCCGGGCAGCAUCUCGGAAGAGUCCCUCAUCACCGACGGCUUUGUCAUUCCUGACCUGGACGUGCCCAGUGAAGCUCCGCCGGCCUACGGCGACCAGGUAGAUAGGGUCACCUUUACGCAGCCCGGCUUUCAGGCCGGCGCCGCCGUGACGGGUGACGGUCGUGUCAACAUCAACAUCAGCACCAAGAACCGCCGUCUCGCGGAGCUGCUCGCCCCCGUCGUCGACAGGCAAGUCUCCGUAGUCGAGUCCCAGCAGCCGCUGCCCCCGGCCUAUAUCCCGCCCAGCCUCGGAGGUCUACCCGGGCAGACGCCCCCGCCGGCGCUCAAUAUCGUCAUACAGAUUGUCGGUUCCCGCGGUGACGUUCAGCCCUUCGUCGCCCUCGGCAAGACACUCCGCGACACUUACGGCCACCGCGUCCGCAUCGCCACCCACGCCACGUUUCAGAAAUUUGUCGAGGAAAACGACCUCGAGUUUUUCAGCAUUGGCGGCGACCCUGCCGAGCUCAUGGCCUUCAUGGUCAAGAAUCCCGGUCUCAUGCCCGGAUUCGACGCCCUCAAGAGCGGCGAGGUCAGCAAGCGGCGCCGCGGCAUCGAGGAGAUUCUCAUGGGCUGCUGGCGCUCGUGUAUCGAGCCGGGUAACGGUCUGGGCCCUCCACCAAAGCCACACGCGCGGUCCGCGCCGACGAAUUACUCUGCAUACGAGGUGCCUGGCAAUCCAGCGGAUCGGCCCUUUGUGGCGGAUGCCAUCAUCGCAAACCCGCCGAGCUUUGCACACAUUCACAUUGCCGAAAAGAUGGGCAUCCCGCUGCAUAUGAUGUUUACCAUGCCUUGGACGCCCACACGAUCGUUUCAGCACCCGCUUGCCAACAUUCAAUCUAGUAACCUCGAUGAUACCCUAACCAAUAAUUUGACUUAUACCCUCGUCGAAAUCAUGACCUGGCAAGGCCUCGGCGACGUCAUCAAUCGCUUCCGUGAAAAGGCCCUCGAGCUGCCCGAGCUGUCACCGUUGUGGGCGCCCGGCUUACUGACGCGGCUCAGAAUAUCCUAUACUUACUGCUGGUCACCUGCGCUCAUCCCCAAACCCAACGAUUGGGGCAACAAUAUUGACGUGUCUGGCUUUUACUUUCUUGAUCUCGCUUCUUCAUACACUCCCGACCCAGAGCUCGACGCUUUCCUCAAUGCUGGCUCGCCGCCCGUCUAUAUUGGCUUUGGCUCCAUCGUCGUCGACGAUCCUAACGCCAUGACGCGCAUGAUUUUUGACGCUAUUCACCUUGCUGGCGUCCGCGCCCUCGUCUCCAAAGGCUGGGGAGGUCUGGGAGCCGAAGACGUCGGUCUUCCGGAAGGCGUCUACAUGCUCGGCAAUGUGCCCCACGACUGGCUCUUCCAGCACGUCUCCGCCGUCGUGCACCACGGCGGCGCCGGCACCACUGCAGCCGGCAUUAAGGCCGGCAAGCCGACCUUUGUCGUGCCCUUUUUCGGCGACCAGCCCUUCUGGGGCUCCAUGAUUGCGCGCUCCGGCGCCGGCCCGGACCCCGUCCCGUACAAGGAUCUCACUGCUGAGAAGCUCGCCGAGGCCAUUAAGAUGUGCAUCGAGCCGGGUACGAUGGAGCAGGCCAAGGUGCUGGGGCAAAAGAUUAGAGAGGAAAAAGGGACGGACGAGGGCGGGUAUAGCUUCCACAAGCACCUCGAUGUGGACAAGCUGCGCUGCUCUCUCGUGCCGAGCCGUGUCGCUGCGUGGCGUGUGCGCAGAACAAAGGUUCGAUUGAGCCCGCUCGCCGCCAGUGUUCUCGUCGAUCACAAUGUUAUCAAAUACACGGAUCUCAAAUUAUACCGCCCAUGCGAGUUCAACACUGAUGAUCAGCCUACUGAUCCAUUGACUGCCGGCGCGGCCGCCCUUAUGCUGUCUAUAGGAACCAUUGGCAUGGCUAUUGCGGACAUGCCGAGGGAGUUGUGGAAAACCCACAAGAAAUACAAAAAGGACAGCGACAGCGCGUCGAGACCGACAGAAUCGUCCAGCCACCUCUCGCAAAGCGAUCAUCGCCCUUCUACGUCGCGAGAUGUGAAUGUUUCGCAAACCUCUCUAUUGACGCCAUAUCGCCCAUCUACGUCGACAGAUGCAUAUGAUUCCCAGACGUCUCUGUUGGCGGUAAAUCGCCCAUCUACGUCGACAGAUGCAAACUCCCAGACAUCUCUGUUGGCGCCAGAUCGCCCAUUUACGUCUACGGAUGCGAAUGCUUCUCAGACAUCUCUGUUGGCGGGAAGCCGCCCAUCUACGUCGACAGAGGCGAAUGCCCCCCAGCUCCCUUUGUUGGCGGCACAUCUCCCAUUUACAUCGGCAGAUGUAAAUGUCUCUCAGUCCUCUCUAUCGACGACAAAUCGCCCAUCGACGUCGACAGAUGCACAUGCUUCUCAGUAUUCUCUACCCACGGCACACACGCCAGACACGCCACUUGCCACUGGCGCCCUGACACCUACAGGGCAGAGAGAAUCCCCCGAGGCCACGCCCCCAAGCCAGGCAAAUCUCCGCGAGGAGCACUUGUCACCAGGUGUAUCCUUUGGUAUUGAUAGCGCCGUGGGCACGGCGAGAGGUGUUAACAGAAUUAUUGAGGCGGGCGUCAAGUCACCCAUGAAUUUUUGCCUUGGAUUAGCCAAGGGAUUCCGCAACAUGCCGCGUCUAUAUAAUGACGAUCUGGUGCGCCCCGUCGAAAAGGUGACCGACCUGUCUUCUGGCAUCAAGGUCGCCGGCAAGGAGCUUGGGUACGGCUUCUUUGACGGCAUUUCGGGCUUGGUACGACAACCACUGCAUGGUGCGGAAAAAGAAGGCGCCGUUGGCCUCGUCAAGGGCUUUGGAAAGGGUAUCGGUGGCCUGAUCCUGAAGCCCGCUGCCGGCAUCUUUGGUCUCCCUGGCUACGCCAUGCAAGGCGUCCACGCCGAGUUUGGCAAGCACAUGAGCCGCAGCGUAUACAAUUACAUCAUCUCGUCCCGCAUCAAACAGGGUGAGAUGGACUUUUUGCAUUCCUCUGACGGCGAGUGCGAGGAUAUCCUGCGUCGUUGGAACACGGUCAAGUUUGACCUUUCAAGCUUCUACGACCUGAAGCGCAGAAGGGGCGCAACCGAGGGGCCGUUCCCGCCGCCACCGCCGCUGCCCACGGACGACAGCAGCGACACCGUGUCCAUCAUGGAUAAGGGCUUCUCUAAACCCCGUACCGGUUGGUUCCAGACGCGUCAUCUGUCGUCGGUGCAGCGUAAGCGCAUGCAGGAAGAAAAGCAGACAUGGAAGCGCGGCUAUGUGGAGUCGCUGGUGCCCGGCGCGCCGCUUUCUACUGCGACGUCGGCCGACAAAAUAAACUGGGUUCAAGAAAUAGAUGAAGUGGAGCGCGCCAUCCAAGCCUCUGUCAGGGAAACAUCAAAGGGUGUUGUCGAGGAUGACGCUGAAAUUGAAGCUGCCAUUCGUGAGAGCCUGCGUGUCAUGCGCGAGAGCGGCGCUCUGCCUGCGACGGGCUGGAUCGACGAAAAGAAUCGGCGCAACGAUGACUCGUCUAUUUUUGAAGAUGAAGAGUUCAAGAUUACCGAUGAGGAGUACCAGGACCUUAUUCAGUCCGCCAUGCGGCAGAGCCUCGUUGAGGAGUAUGGGUACUCUGCUGAGGAACUAGGUCUUGAAUCCUCGUUGCCGUCUUUUACUGGCACACCCUUGUCGCAACCCGUGCUGACCGAGGAGCCUGCACCAAUGGAUGACUUGUACGGCGCCGACGAAGCAUCGAGCUACCAACGAGAGCUGCCCGGCCACGAGCCCGCCUCCGAUUCACAGCAACAUGCGGUCGAGCUCCCAGCACGCGAUAUCGAAGAAGAGGAAGAAUAUCAGCUGCAGCUCGCCAUUGCCGAGUCCAAGCAGGAGAUGGAGCGAAAGGAGACGGAGCGCAACGAGGAGGACAUUGUGCUCGAGUACAUCAAAAAGCAGAGCUUGGCGGAGGAAGAGUUUCGAAAACGAAGCAAGGGGAAGGGGGUUAGCACGGAUGCAGAAAAUGAAGAAGAAGAUGAAGAGCUGAGACGAGCUAUGGAGGAAAGUCUGAAAAUGAGCCACAGUGGCGGCGGCCAGGGCAGUGGCAGCGGGAGCGGGAGCGGGAGCGGCCGGGGCAGUGGCAGCGGAUUUCGCGGCUCCUCUGCAGCAGGACCCUUCUGA